AUGGGAGAGCAAGGCGUCAUAACCAAGACAGAAGUCCGCUACCUAGGUCACAUCCUGACCACGAAAGGCCUGCGCCUGGACCCGGACCGCGUAAAUGACAUCCUGGCGAUGCCGCCACCCUCAAACACAUCAGAAACUCGCCUUAAGGACCUUCUUGGAGCAACCAAUGAGGACCCCGAACUCUCAAACCUGCGUGACUACGCGGAAUCAAGCUGGCCUGAUAACAAGCAAGACGUCCCAGAAAUCGUCCGUCCCUACUGGGCGUACCGCGAGGAGAUACACACUCAAGACGGCCUUCUGUUUCGCAGCAAUAAGAGGCUGAUGGGACGACAGACGCGGACGCUGCUACCAGUACCAACAAGCCACCUGGAGCCGGAGACUGUGCCAAGCAAAGCUGUCCACAACCGCCUCAAGGAGAUCCGGCAGCGGCAGAUGACCUUCUACAACCGCAACUCCCGAAACCUGCCGCCAUUGUCACCGGGGCAACAGAUCACGACGUACGACACACGCCAGCGAACCUGGUCGCCAGCCGUCAUCCUGAGACCAGCGGGCACCCCGCGUUCAGCGAUUCUUCAGACUGAAGGCGGCCGCGAGAUUCGACGCACAAGAGAGCACCUAAGGGAGGCAGCAUCCCAGCCGGACUCAAGUCGACCUUCCACCGAAGACCGACCGGCAGACCAGGACAUCAACGAGCCCAGUCAAGAGCUACGCAGAAGUACCCGAGAACGCCGGGAACCCUGCCGGUACCCACUGCCCGAAAGACUGUAA